AUGCCAGUAUAUGAAAUACCUCGAGAUGAUCAACAAGAUAAUAAAGAAAGUGUUGUCCUUCGAAGUUCAGUUGGUGAUUCAACUCAACUUACACCAUUUACUGAUUAUCGAUCAUUAUCAACAAUGUCUUCACAAGUAAAAGAACCAGCUUCAAUGUAUACACUUGACAGUCGAUAUCAACCAAUAAUAAAAGGAAAUCGACAAAUGCCAUUUCCUGUUGAACAAGAUCAACAAUCAAUUACACCAACAUUUUUUUUCGAACCUACAAUUAUCGCACAACCAGUACUUUACAAUAUUGCCAAUACAAAAGCUACUCCAAUAAUUUAUCAACCAACAUCUAUCGAACAACAACCAUCUAUUCCUACAAUCUAUUCAAUAAGUGGUCAACCUCGUCGUCUAACUGUUGAUAUGAAUACUAAUAGUUUAGACACUUCCACUCAAGUUAUCAAUAAAACACCAACACUUUAUUCUAUGGUCAAUGGUCCGCCUGUUGAAAAUGAAAUUCAAGAAUCAAAUAAACAAUCUUUACAACCACCACCACCGCCAACUGUUUAUUCAAUUGUUGGUAGUCCAGCACGUACAUCACGUGGUGUACAAGUAAGUAUGCUUAAUCCUGUUCAACCAGUACCAAUUUUAUAUACCAUUACGGGUAAUACAUCAACUCCAACAAAUAGACCAAUAGAAAAUAUUUCACCACCAACUAUGGCAAAACCAUCAAAAGAUAUUACCGUGUACACAUUAGAUAAUCAAGCUAAUGUUCCUCGAACACAACAAUACCAGCAACAGCAACAGCAACAGCAACAGCAACAACCAAUUCAACCACCUACACUUUACACAAUCGUCACUCAACCAAAUUCACCACCAAAACAACUAACAAAAAAAUCUCCAAUAAAACCGACACCAACAACAAUAAUAACUACUGAACGUAUUAAUCGCAAUGCUGAACGAAAACCAGAAGUAAUUAAUGAAGAAAUUGUAUCAUAUUCAAUAGCAAGACCUAGACAGGAACCACAAGCAAGAGAAUCAAAAGUUUCAAAACCAGAAGCAAUAUUAAUUCCUCUUAAUGAUGAUGAACAUCGUACACGUCCACAAACAGCUCAUCAAUCACCUUUAUUUUAUUCAACUCCAGAACAAAUACAACGUAAACCUCUUACUACCAUACAAAAUCAACCAAUUCAAUUAUCUGAUUAUCGUUCACCAUAUGCAUAUCGAACACAGAAACCAUAUCGUGAACGUAAAUAUAAUAACAAUACAUUACCUGUCGUAUCAGAUAAUCGUCCUACACGAAAAACAAAACCACCACUUAAUGAAACAAGUUCCCGUGUUGAACGACAACAAUUAAAUGUUCCAUCAAAAUCAACAUCUUUAGAAAGAUAUCCAGUUAAUAGAAAUGCACGUCUUGGUCUAUGGGAUAAUGGUUAUCAAACACAAACUGAUGAUGAUGAAGAAUAUGCACAACAAGCUAAUAAGACAAAACGAUAUAAAAAAACAGUGCAACCACGUGCACCAUGGAUACCUGUUUGGUAA